ACGCAUACAUCUUGUUAUCACUAGAAUCCUCCAACUUCCCCUUCUGUUGCAUCCCCAUGCUAAAAUAAGAACAGCCUAGCCAAAACCCUCUAUUAGGAACAACAGAAAGCCUUAACCAGGAGCAACACUGAUGGGCUCCAUUGGCAACGGCCGGAAUGGCUCGGAGGUUGGCAUACAGAUCCCAGCGAUGGGGAACAAGGAAGUGCUGGAGCGACCUGCCAUACCAAGAUGGCCACGGCUAGGCGUCGUCAUGGUGGCAACUAGAGCUGUUGCCCUGGUGAUGGCAGUGCUCUCAAUGGCUCUAAUGAUCUCUGCCAAGCAGCGGGGUAGUCUCAAGAUCUUCGGCAUCGAGAUCCCGCUUUAUGCCAAUUGGUCUUUCUCUGAUUCCCUAGAAUACUUGGUUGGGAUGUCUGCAGUUUCAGCUGCCUACUGUCUCGCUCAACUUUUAUUGACUGCACACAAGGCCGUGAAGAAUGCCCCUGUGGUUCAAUCCAGGAACUAUGCCUGGCUUCUGUUUACUGGUGAUCAGAUCUUCGCAUAUGCAAUGAUGAGUGCUGGAUCAGCAGCGGCGGCAGUCGCGAAUCUGAACCGCACCGGCAUCCGGCACACGGCGCUCCCCAACUUCUGCAAGCCACUGCCACGUUUCUGCGACUUGUCAGCGGCCUCCAUCGCGUGUGCCUUUCUCAGUUGCAUCUUCCUUGCGGCAUCUGCUGUGAUCGAUGUCAUCUGGCUGUCAAAUAUGUGAGAGUUUGAGAAGGUCGUAAUUCCUUUUCCUUUGUGGAACCAUCAGGGUGCAGGGUGCUGUAUGUACUUGCACCGUGGGUAUGUGAGAUAAUCAACUGAACCCAAAAUGUGUUAGAACUUAGUAGAACAUAUGACGUUUGCUGCUUGUACAAAGGAAUCCCCUCUCGCUGCAAUGCACAACAUUUCCUAGA